UUUUCGGGAACCUCCCCUCCCUUGCGAAAAAUGAGAAUUUCCCGCUCAAACCUAGCAAUGAGUCACACGGACUCAUCUGUCAAGUCGUGCGAGACUGCAUUGCCUGGAAAUGUUGGAGUCGUGGGUUUAAAAUCCAGUUUGCCAAGAUUCUACAGUGUAGAUUGKCAUCAAUGAGUAUUAAAGUGCAUUUGUAUGGAUUUUCGAUUAGCUUAAGUAAAGGAAGGCUUGAUUGAGAACCGAUAAGGACGUUUUGUGGUUAGAAAAUGACACCGCACUAUCCACGAGUUAACCACAAACUGAAAUUAAUAAAAAGCUAUCUUCAGCGAAUUGCGUUGACGUCCAAGAAAUAAGAAAGAUAUUUCGAAUUUUUGAAUUCAAUGUUGACUACUUAAAAUCACGAAGACRUGCCAAGUGCCACGGUCAGGACACACCUGCGAACGAUCCUAAUAUGGAAGUGUGACGGAAGUGACAACAUCAUAUCAACCUMUGAAACCGGUUUUAGAAACAAGUUUCCGUGUGGUUAAAUGGAUCCGUGCUCGCUUACAUGACCGAGAUAUACUACGGAUUUUCCUAUGAUUGUGUCCAUUUAGAUGAUGAUUGUUCACGCAACCCUUGGAACUUCAGUUAGGAUUAUAUUUCAACUUGGGUUCAGUUGAUACAAAGUCUACAACUGGUUAUAGAUCAAAGUCGAAGAAAAUUUUGGUUAAACGAAACAGCCGUUGCGUGCGGGCCAUAUCUAUUUGACCCGGCGUUUUUAUACACAACAUUAUAACCGUUUCUAUAAAAUUCAAGGAGAUGCCAGUUUUAGGAAUACUCGACGAAGGGCGAGACCUGAUUUCAGACGAUGUCAAAGCUGUUAUCUUUGACUGUGAUGGGACAUUGCUAGAUACUAUGCCACUWCAYUGGAAAGCGUGGUGUCAGAUCUGCUCAGAGACAGGKCUACAAUUCUCGCAAAAAGACUUUUUACGAUUAGCGGGUGUACCCGGCAAAUAUAUCAUUAAAGACUUAGCAAUCGAUCAAUGCAUCGAUCUAGAUCCACUGRAAGUCUACCAGCGAAAAAGAAACUUCUUCCAAAAAGGACUAUCUAAUGUCACGGCUAUUCCGUGCGUUUUUCGUUAUGUUUAUGAAGCUAAAAGGAAGGGAAUACCGAUUGCUGUUGCUUCGGGGAGUUCGCGAAUUCAAGUCGAAAGAGGUAAGAAAUUCAUGAUUUUCUUCGCUAUAAUUACUUUCAGGCUGUCGGACCAAAGUCCCUGUGAUCUUGAAAUCUACACAACAUUCUUGAUUGAAAUUGGCAUCGCUAAUUGGAAUAUAUUAGGAGUAGACCCUGAAGACUGCUGGGGCUUUGAAGACUCGGACAUUGGUUUACAAGCAAUACAUGCUGCUGGGCUAGCAAGGUCAUUUGAUGUGAGAACAUUCAUUGGCUAUCCUCGCAUAUCUUCUACAACAUAGUCCAUACGGGGAUCUACAAUAAUAAUACGUCAAGACAGCCUGUAAAUUGGGCAAUGAUUCACGCUCAGCCACAUACUCAGCAACAUUCAAGAAUAUAAUAUUAUUUCAAAGAAAAAGUGUAUAUAGAACAUCAAGGAAAAUAAACUGAUCCACAUCACAUCACAAAGACAAGAAGUCCUUUAWCRCAGGUGAUGSCUUCUAGUUUCAAUCCUGUCAUUUUGGUGCAACUGUCACAUGAUCAAAGCAUACUAAUGAAUAUCCUAGCCUGGAACAUUGGCAAAAACUCARAACAUCAUUAUCAAGAGGAAAAUAUCAACAGAAUAUAAUAUUUAUUACAAAGAAAAUGGCACCUUUAGAGUUGUUACACUUUAUCCAUGAAAUACUUCAAAACUUAAUGCAUGUAAAACUUCAAUUAACGCAAAGAAAACAGUCAAAAUAAGGUCUACUAGCUAGUAGUCCACUUGCUAUUUCACAGGUUUUAUUUGUAAGUGAAAYAACUCUAUUAGUUAUGCCACCUUUUCAAUGGUCUCUUGUUGUGCCGCCACAGGCAACAACAAGAAGAACAAUUUAUGAAUGAAAAUGAAACGGAAGAAUGAAAAUCAUACUCUCAAUAAUAACAAUAUGAAUGAGAGUCACAAAGUUUUAUUUAUUGUAAACAGCCCUCUUGUUUAUAAAACAACUUUCACGCAGUGUUUAAGCACUGAUAUUGCUGUAGAACUUAACUUACAUUUUGAAUAGUUUUAUAUUUUAAAGAAUUUUAAUAAAAUUAUGAAAUAUAAUUGUGCACUGAGUUAAGUUAUUGUUUAAGCUAAAAAAAAUAAGGCAUUGUAAAGGACUAGAGAUUAGUUAAUAUGUUUAAAUUAAUUACUGACUAAGCCCAAAGGUAUAUAUUCUAAUUACUGCAGACUUGAGAGGUCUCGGCCUACUGAAUGCUCCUGGAAUUACCAGGAUUUUAACCUGGUAUAACCAUUUGACAUAAACAGCAGAGUGAGAUUAAAGUGGUCUGUUCAACCUUGUCAUCUCUAAGAGCUGGGAAAUACUCAUACCUGACUAUUCAAAAUAGGUAAAAUUUUUAUCUAA